GCGAGCGCCCACGUCUGUCUGCGCGCUGAGCGCUGGUUCCUGCUUUCUCCGUCGUCGCCGCUGCCUGCAAGAGCGUUUGCACUUCUACCGAGCAUCUGAUUCAGCAUGCAAGAAGAGGCAAGGAGUGAGGACAAACAGAACUAAUGGGCCAUGAAGAUGUAAGCGUGUUCGAAGGCUGCCUCACAUACCACUCCAGGACAGAAUCAUGAAUAAACUGGAGGACAAGCAGGACCAGAUGAUACCAUGAAGAGAAGUUUACAGGUCCUCUAUUGCCAACUGUUUAGUGUUCUCUUUAUCUUGGCACUGACAGAAGAGCUGGUAUUUGCCACCCAGGAACCGUCUCCCAGGGUGUCACUUCAGAGCCCCCAGAUGGACACUACCCCUGUUGUUAUGGUGACAGUGCCCCUCAGCUCCACCACUGUGGUGGUGACAGCUCCCCAGACCAACAGUCACCCGCCGACAGAUGCUGCCCCGACUACUGUGGCAAAGAAACCCCCCCAUUCCAAGAAACACUCCCUAACAAACACCACUCCUGCCACCGUGGUGACAGCAACCCGCCGCCCACCACGGCCACCAGGUUCUUCGAGGAAGUCUGCUCGCCCUUUCCCACCUGCAGCUGGUGGUGGUGCCGGCCGGAAGGAGAUUCACCGGGCACGCAACCAGAGUGCCCUGCAUCUGGGGCAGACUCGUCCUCUUGGGAAGAUCUUUCAGAUUUACAAAGGCAAUUUCACAGAGCCCACAGAGCCUGGUUCCCAGAGAGAGCCCCAUCCCUCCACCCCCAGCUCAAAAAAUCCAAUUUCUAAUCACUCCUCUGAUUCUCCACGGCCCCAGGUCAUGGCUGCUACCACAGAGCCUGAUGGUGGAGUGUGGACACCACCUAUGGACAGAAUGAAAGGCCUCAGGCAGGCAGAAGAAGAGAGCAGCCCCUCCCAAAGCAGCCACAGAAGGGAGCCCAAUGCCCCAGUCAUGGCCACCGAGCUCCCCAAGCUCCGCGCUGAUCCAGAAACCACAACAGUGCCUUCUCAGCCCCUGCACAGUGACCUGUCACAGGAUGUCCCAAGACUCAGUGACUCCUGGCUCACCCUGACCCCAGGAACCAGCGUACCUUUGUUUGCCAGCCCUGGGGUCUCCACAGCCCCAGGGGGCUCUGUCCAGGCUGCCUUUAAUGUCAGUGUUUCAUCCCCAGUGGUGGGGAGCCCUCAGGGAGCUACUUCUACAACCCAGAGCCCCACAUUCCCUCCCAGGAGUCUCACCCCACUCUCCAGCAGUGCCCUUCCUACUGCUGAGGGGCACAUGAUCACGCCCACGGUUGCCAGCAGAGUACCCAGCCCCCUGUCUACAGUGGGCUCCACUGCUACAGGGAAUUUCCUCAACAGACUGGUCCCUGCAGGAACCUGGAAGCCUGGCAUGCCAGGGAACAUCUCCCAUGUCACUGAGGGGGACAAGCCCCAGCACAGAAGCACCAUCUGUCUGAGCAAGAUGGACAUUGUCUGGGUGAUCUUGGCCAUCAGUGUGCCCAUCUCCUCCUGCUCCGUCUUGCUGACGGUGUGUUGCAUGAGAAGGAAGAAGAAAACAUCAAACCCAGAAAACAACCUGAGUUAUUGGAACAAUGCUAUCACCAUGGACUACUUCAAUAGGCAUGCUGUGGAGCUGCCCAGGGAGAUCCAGUCCCUGGAAACUUCUGAGGACCAGCUCUCUGAGCCCCGCUCUCCAGCCAACGGAGAUUACAGAGGCAGUGGGAUUGUUCUUGUCAAUCCCUUCUGUCAAGAAACGCUGUUUGUAGGAAAUGACCAAGUGUCUGAGAUCUAACCUGCACCAGCCCGCUCGCGUUACAAUUCUGUGCUUUCCGUCUCUAAAUUAUAAAUACAUACAUAUAUUAUAAAUAUAACCUUUGUGUA